CCCGCCCCCGCCGCCAGAGGUUGGGGAAGUUUACAUCUGGAUUUUCACACAUUUUGUCGCCACUGCCCAGACUUUGACUAACCGUGUGAGCACCGGGUUUUCGGUACUGCAGCCUCCUCAAAUUUUAGCACUGCCUCCCCGCGACUGCCCUGUCCCCGGCCGCCGAGGUCCUGCCCUCGCCCCGGCGCAGCGCGAUCCCGAGGGCGCAGUAGAGCCUGGGGCCUGGGGCCCUCACUGAGCAGCUAUGGCUGCGGCGAUAGCCAGCUCCUUGAUCCGGCAGAAGCGGCAGGCGAGGGAGUCCAACAGCGACCGGGUGUCGGCCUCCAAGCGCCGCUCCAGCCCCAGCAAAGACGGGCGCUCCCUGUGCGAGAGGCACGUCCUCGGGGUGUUCAGCAAAGUGCGCUUCUGCAGCGGCCGCAAGAGGCCGGUGAGGCGGAGACCAGAACCCCAGCUGAAAGGGAUCGUGACAAGGUUAUUCAGCCAGCAGGGAUAUUUCCUGCAGAUGCACCCAGAUGGUACCAUUGAUGGGACCAAGGACGAAAACAGCGACUACACUCUCUUCAAUCUAAUUCCUGUGGGCCUGCGUGUGGUGGCCAUCCAAGGAGUGAAGGCCAGCCUCUAUGUGGCCAUGAAUGGUGAAGGCUAUCUCUACAGUUCAGAUGUUUUCACUCCAGAAUGCAAAUUUAAGGAAUCUGUGUUUGAAAACUACUAUGUGAUCUAUUCUUCCACACUAUACCGCCAGCAAGAAUCAGGCCGAGCAUGGUUUCUGGGACUCAAUAAAGAAGGUCAAAUUAUGAAGGGAAACAGAGUGAAGAAAACCAAGCCCUCAUCACAUUUUGUACCGAAACCUAUUGAAGUGUGUAUGUACAGAGAACCAUCAUUACAUGAAAUUGGAGAAAAACAAGGGCGUUCAAGGAAAAGUUCUGGAACACCAACCAUGAAUGGAGGCAAAGUCGUGAAUCAAGAUUCAACAUAGCUGAGAACUCUUCCCUUCUUCCCUCUCUCAUCCCUUCCCCUUCUCUUCCCUCCCAUUUACCCAUUUCCUUCCAGUAAAUCCACCCAAAGGAGAGGAAAAUAAAAUGACAACGCAAGACCUAGUGGCUAAGAUUCUGCACUCAAAAUCUUUCUUUGUGUAGGACAAGAAAGUUGAACCAAAGCUUGCUUGUUGCAAUGUGGUAGAAAAUACACAUGCACAAAGAUUAGCACACUUAAAAACAAAGGAAAAAAUAAAUCAGGACUCCACAAACAUUAAAUUAAACUGUAUUGUUAUGAGGAGAGAGCUAACUGUAAUUAAGACAUUAAUAAAGAUGAAAUAAAGUUAAUUAUUACUUUAAAGGAAAGGGUUUUGGAGAAUUGAACUCAGAAACUGAUGUUGUAUACUAAACAGCUUAAACUCA